GGGGCGGAGCGUGGUGCUCCAUUUUGUGGAGAGAGCGCGUUGCGGCAGAGAUCCUCUGUCCGUUUCAGUCUUGCAUGCGAUCGCUGUUACUAACAGUAUGUUUUCCGCCCGCGUUGCUGCCGCCUUUGCUCGCUCCGUACCACGGCAAGGCGGGCUGAUUUCCAGAAAUACCUUGGGUGUAGCAUCCAUUGCUGCAAGAAACAUCCAUGCCUCCAAAUCACAUUUUCAGAGAACUGGCACUGCUGAGGUAUCCUCUAUUCUUGAGGAACGCAUUUUGGGAGCCAACACCUCUGCUGAACUUGAGGAAACUGGCCACGUGCUCUCAAUUGGUGAUGGUAUUGCCCGUGUGUAUGGCCUAAGAAAUGUCCAAGCAGAAGAAAUGGUAGAGUUUUCUUCUGGGCUGAAGGGAAUGUCCUUGAACUUGGAGCCUGACAACGUUGGUGUUGUUGUGUUUGGUAAUGACAGACUGAUCAAGGAAGGGGAUGUUGUGAAGAGAACUGGUGCUAUUGUGGAUGUUCCAGUUGGAGAAGAGCUGCUGGGCCGUGUUGUAGAUGCCCUGGGCAAUCCAAUUGAUGGGAAGAGUUCUUUUACAUCUAAAAUGCGUAGAAGAGUUGGCUUAAAGGCCCCUGGCAUCAUUCCCAGAAUCUCUGUGCGGGAACCUAUGCAGACUGGUAUUAAGGCUGUGGACAGCUUGGUGCCCAUUGGUCGUGGCCAGCGUGAGCUGAUCAUUGGUGACAGGCAGACUGGGAAAACUUCAAUUGCAAUUGACACAAUAAUCAACCAAAAACGAUUUAAUGAUGGAGUAGAUGAGAAAAAGAAGUUGUACUGUAUCUAUGUUGCUAUUGGCCAGAAGAGAUCUACUGUUGCUCAGUUGGUGAAGAGGCUCACUGAUGCAGAUGCCAUGAAGUACACAAUUGUGGUGUCUGCCACAGCAUCUGAUGCUGCACCCCUUCAGUAUCUGGCUCCUUACUCAGGCUGCUCCAUGGGGGAAUACUUCAGAGACAAUGGAAAACAUGCAUUGAUCAUCUAUGAUGACUUAUCCAAACAGGCUGUUGCCUAUCGUCAGAUGUCUCUGCUGCUGCGCCGUCCACCUGGCCGUGAAGCCUACCCAGGUGAUGUGUUCUACCUGCAUUCUCGCCUGCUGGAGAGAGCAGCUAAAAUGAACGAUUCCUUUGGAGGAGGCUCUCUGACUGCUUUGCCUGUCAUUGAAACGCAGGCUGGUGAUGUGUCUGCUUACAUUCCAACCAAUGUCAUCUCCAUCACUGAUGGACAGGUAGGAUGACUUAUAUACCAGUAUAG